CCAAAGUGUCGAACCCAAACACUGGCUGAUUUCCUCAACGCCCUGCAGAAGUAUGGGUCUCCGUCUCAUCUUAAGUGCUGUCUUACUACUCACGUUACUUCACAUGUGCUGCGGAACAAAAGAUUAUCCGAAUCAAGCGCGUCAUGAAGAUCUGUGGAGCCUGGCUAUUUCUCGCCGCGAGGUGGCAGCACACGCACACAAUGACUUGCAUGUCGUCGUGAGAAGAGACACUACUGAUACGGGCCAGCCGGCCGGAGCUGGCUUUCCCCUGAGCGAUGGUCUACCCCCACCGGGCGAGCAACUUCCCCCUUUAAUCACGCCCAACGAGGACCCUGCUACCGCAGCGCCCUCCGUAGUCAUAACACCAAGCCCAACAGCUGGCAAUGGUUCACCAUCGUCAAGGAGUAGGCCUACCUUUGCCUAUCUCGUCCUCUGCUUGGUAUCUUGUCUUUUUCUACGGCAAACUUUGUAGCAGCCUUAAGCCUUAAUUGGAUAGAGGAAUUUUCUCAUCUUUCUAUGUAUAUCCAUAGAUAUCCUACGCACAAAACUUUGCACCUCCUCAUUUCAUAAUUGAUUGGCGUAAUACAUUGUAUUUUUUUUUUGGGGGGGGGUUAAAUUACUUGCUGGUCAUUUCAAUCGGACUACAAGAACAUUAUAUUAAAACGAAAGGUCUUAACGUCUACUUCUUGAUGAAAAGUCAGCGGACCGUAUAAAUUUGAAACGAUGGAUGCUUAUUGGGUUGUUGAAAACUAGGCCCUACUAAUUGAAAAUGUAGUUUUCGCGGGUUCUGGUAUCUGCUCGGUACUUUGGGGAAUUUAGACUUUCAUUGCGCGUGUACUGUAUUUGGUUUUCAUGUGGCGGAUCUGGGGGGGGGGUGUUAGAGGGUCUCAACCCUCUCUUGGCAACCACCCCCUCUCUCAAUCAAAACCUGGAUCCGCCCCUACACAUCUAUUCGCUCGUCCCGCCCCCCGCCCCCCGCCCUGCAAACAGGACGCUAGGAAAAGCUGAUCUCUUUGAGCUCUCAUUGGAUAGAUUUUGCUUGACCUAGGACGUACCACGCAGCACACAAACCACGUAGCGCGCUAGCUGUAUUCAAGGGUGGAUCCAGAAUCCAGAACACAAUCUUUUUUUGGAGGGCCCAACAAAUUUUUGGUCCCCCUAAAAGUGGGUCCCAAAAAAUACGGCGUGGGGUUCGGGGCCCACUCAAGGGCCCCGAUUAUUUUUGGGAUUCAAGGUGCUCUGUGGUGCGAUCUGAGGCAAUUUCUGUCCACUUUAACGAUUUUUUUGGGAGCCAUGG